ACAAAUACCGCCAGGUCUGUGCUUGUCCUGGAAUAGAGGUCCUGACGGGAAAAUUUCCGUCUGGCUUUGGGUUGGUGCUUAUAAAGAUUAUGGAUGUGCAGAGCUCUUAAGUCGGCAACUCCUGUUGACUUUAGACUCUAAAAAAGCAAAUAAAUAGAUUUGUAGAUUUUUCAUGAUAUAAGGUGGUUGCGGGCGACUUGGCAUAUCACAGAGGAUUCACUGGCGUUACUUCAUGAAGGAGCAGUGGGGUGGAGCUGGAGCCAGCACCUCCGCGUCUCAGGUGCAACAGUGAAAUGCUAAAACAUAGCCACGAGCGAGGAGCCUUCAGUCUGAAUCACGCCGGGCGCUGGGAACUGAAGCGGAAAAGGAAGAUCCUGUGUGCACUGCUGUGCUUCCAGUGGGAUGUGACAAAAGACGUGAAAUCGGGGAGAGAAAAAUGAUGAUUCUGGAAUUUGGCUCUGGCUGUCCAGGGUGACGAAAAGCGCCGGCAACGCCUCCUGCCCGGGCUAUAAAGGGCUCCAAGCCAGGGGGAAGCGAGCACUCGCUGCCUGCGCUGCCGAGCCGGGUGCCUCUCUCCAGCCUCCAGCCCCCGCCAGCCUUCGCCAUGAGCACCACUGUCAGGCAGUACUCCUCCUCCACCUCCCUCAAGGGGUUCGGUGGCCUGGCUGGGGGCUCCAGCAGGCUUUCCUCCGUGCGAGUUGGGGGAGGGGGCUACAGAGCCCCCAGCGUCCACGGAGGCUCCAGCAGCUACUCUGUCUCUUCCCGCAUCGUCUCGGGGCUCGGCAGUGGCUAUGGGGGCAGCUACUGCAGCACCGGCUUCGGGGGGGGCUUUGGGGGAGGCUUUGGAGGGGGCCUCGGCAGUGGCUUUGGGGGUAGCUACGGGGCUGGCUUUGGGGCUGGCUUUGGAGCCGGCUUCGGGGGGGGCUUUGGGGGAGGCUUUGGAGGCGGCGAUGGCAUCCUGCCGGCUGGCGAAAAGGAGACGAUGCAGAACCUCAACGACCGCCUGGCUGCCUACCUGGACAAAGUGCGUGCCCUGGAGGAGGCCAACACCGACCUGGAGGUCAAGAUCAGGGAAUGGUACAAGAAGCAGGGACCUGGUCCAGACCGUGACUACAGCCCCUACUACAGGACUAUCGAGGAGCUCAGGAACAAGAUUCUUGCUGCAACUGUUGAAAAUGCCAACAUCGUCCUACAGAUUGACAACGCCCGGCUGGCAGCUGAUGACUUUAGAACCAAGUUUGAGACGGAGCAGGCUCUGCGCCUGAGCGUGGAGGCCGACAUCAACGGCCUGCGCAGGGUCCUGGAUGAGCUGACCCUGGCCAGAGCUGACCUGGAGAUGCAGAUCGAGAACCUGAAGGAGGAGCUGGCCUACCUCAAGAAGAACCAUGAGGAGGAGAUGAAUGCCCUGCGUGGGCAGGUGGGUGGAGAGAUCAGCGUGGAGAUGGAUGCUGCUCCUGGAAUCGACCUCACCAAGAUCCUGGCUGAGAUGAGGGAGCAGUACGAGAGCCUGGCGGACAAGAACCGCAGGGACGCCGAGCAGUGGUUCUUCAGCAAGACGGAAGAGCUGAACCGGGAGGUGGCCAUCAACACCGAGCAGCUCCAGAGCGGCAAGACGGAGAUCACCGAGCUGCGACGCACCAUCCAGAGCCUGGAGAUCGACCUGCAGAGCCAGCUCAGCACGAAAGCGGCGUUGGAGGGCACCUUGGCCGACACAGAAGCCCGCUACGGCACCCAGCUGGCCCAGCUGCAGGGGCUGAUCACCAGCGUGGAGGAGCAGCUGGCCGAGCUGCGGUGCGACAUGGAGCGCCAGAACCACGAGUACAGGGUCCUCCUGGACGUCAAAUGCCGCCUGGAGCAGGAGAUCGCCACGUACCGCCGGCUCCUGGAGGGUGAAGAUGCCCACAUCUCUUCCCAGUACUCCUCCGCUAUGUCCUCACACUCUGGCAGAGAUGUGAUGACAUCUUCCCGUCAGGUUCGCACAAUCGUUGAGGAGGUGCAGGACGGGAAGGUGGUCUCCUCCCGGGAGCAGGUUGCGCUUACCACUCGCUAGAAGGGCAAGCACCUCUGUGGACCCUUGACCCCAGGCUCAAGAGAGUGGCGAGCUGAACCAAACCCUGCCUGAGGCCGUAUGUGAUGGGGUUGUGUCACAGAAAGCAGUCCACUUCAUUCAUCUGCUCCUCCUUCCUGUACUACCAUGAUUCCACACGGGUGCCAUCAUGCACUCUGUACACAUUUAAUAAAGCUUUUUUCCCUCGUUCAUGCAAUUACAGACUUGUCUGUCACUGAUACAUGAUCCCUCAAAGCCUCAGGGUUGUGUGUUUGUGCCAGGGAAAGUCCUAAGAAACCACAAGAAGCAGCCAGUGAGAGAAGGGAAAUGGAGGGAUAUGG